GGAGACGUAAGUCAGGCGCCCAGUGUCAGGUGUAGAGGCCGGGCAGGGGAAGCAGCGCGCCGGGGGCGGGCGGCGGCGGCCUCUCCCUCUGCCCCCCUCCCCGCCGGAGCAGGCCGCACGGCCUCCUCCCUCGCCCGACCGCCGCCCCCUUUCUCUCUCACCCACCACCGCCGCCCGUUAUAAAAAUGAGGUGGAUGGAAGGAUAAAAGGCAGCGUGUUCACUUCCAGCCGCUCUACUCUCGCUCUGUGUUCCACACUCACCACAGAAGGCAGGAAAGCGUCGAUUCGCCUCAGGACGCGGGCGGCCCAGGACGGACGGGCCGAAGCGGCUCGACCCGGUCCGUGAGGAGGAACCUUUACCGCGGUCUCUGCGGAUUCCUUCGACAAGAAAUAAAAGCGAGCAUCUCUGGAGGAAAAGCGGCCGAGAGAAGUGACAGACAACAACAGCCGCUGCCGAAGAAAUAAGAUAAAGGAGGAGGGGAAUAGACUGAUGGCGAAAAAAACAAAAUGUUCUGCCAUUGAAACGACUGGAGAUAACAAGAAUGAUUCAUACCUCAUUUUAAGGUGAACCAACCAACUCCCCCCCCCCCCCCCCCACCUUGGGGCAGAAAGGCGCCUGUUUAUAUAUUUUAUUAUUAUAAUUUGUUGAACAGCGGUGGUGGGUGGACGUGGAGGAGGCCUCUUUCAUCUGUGAAGAUAAAGGAUCUGCAUCUUGGACAAUAAGGAGUGGAUGAAUGUCCGAAGGUCAGUGAGAUCCCCCGAGUGUGGCUUGAAAAGGAGGGUGUCCGCGAGGAGGGGCUGGCGCCCGCAGUUUUGCCCCCAACACCUGGCCCCUGGAAGAUGUCCAGUGGCCUCCAGGAUGCAGCCAUCAGCAGUUUUCUGCAGUUCAUCGAGGAGAAGGGUCUGAAGGCUUACAACUCACUAACAAGCCUCAGAUAUAGUUCUGACAGCGCUGGCCGCUCCCUCCGCCACGAGAUGAACCUGCUGUACCGUAAAACCAAGGUGGAUUGGAAGCACAGGGAGGAGGAACCGAAGAAAAGCAUCUGCAAGGAUGGGGGUCUGGCCAGGGUCCGGGACUUGGCCUCCUUCCGCAAGCACUUCCGCAUGGGCUUCAUGACCAUGCCUGCCUCCCAGGAGCAUGGCCCCCACCCGUGUGCCAGUGGCAUGACCACGCGCUCACUGUCCCUUCACUCGGUGGGCAGUGUGGACAACAGCGAGCACCCCUGCACCCGCAAACAGUCCGACAAACCCCGGCGCCACCCCAGCACCAAGCUCAGCCUGUGCAGCGAAGGCAGGAACAGCACCAGCAGGGAAGGAGACGGGCCGAAUGGUGAGACAGCUCCCCAGAGAUCUGGUGCCAAGGGAGGCGACAGUGUUGGGCAGAGGCUCCUCCCACUGAAGGCCAAGUUCUGCCCCAGUGCCCAGCUCUCCGUGUCCUUCGACGAGGCAUGUCCUGGUCGGGCGACGGCACCUCCAGCCAGCGUCUGCCCCAGGGGAGGCCAUUCCCGGCGUGGCUUGGAGGAAGAGGGAGAGAGGCGGGGCGAGGAUGAGGAAGAGGAGGAGGAGCCUGUCUACAUCGAAAUGGUGGGUGACGUGUUCAAGGAGCAGGCGGCCGCUGCUGACGAGGACUCAGAGCACAGCGAGGCCAUCUAUGAGGAGAUGAAGUACCCACUGGCUGAGGAAGGUCCACGGGAGGCCAAGUGGGGCAAGCACUCUGAGACGACCCCCAGGCUUCCUGGAGAUGCCGGCCACGGGGCGUCCAAGAGCCACCAACCUGGCUCUCGGGGUCAGCCAUAUGAGAUCCCACCCCCCUUUCCUAACCUCCUACUCCACCGUCCUCCCCUCCUUGCCUUCCCCCAAGGUGGCGGCGGCCAGAAGGUCUACCCGGAGGCACCUCCUCCCCCACCACCCCACGGAGAACCCCCUCCCAGCCCAGGGACCCCACGGCCCCAGAAGGAGGACAGACCCCCUUUGGGUCCGCUGCUUCCCUCAGGUCGUGCGAGGAGCCACUCCACCCCAUUGCCGCCGCAAGCAUCAGCACCGUACCGGCCCGAGAAGGAGCUGCCCAACUCCCAGACCAUGGUCUGCACACCAUCCAAAGCACUGGCCCAAGUGCCACCAGCCCUCGGCCCGCCCAAGGUCGACAGGGACAAGCUGGCCUCACUCAGUGUCGUCUGCUCCUCGGUCAGGGUGACGGCCCACCCACUAUUGGCCCACGUCCCUGGGGAGGCAAAGAUGGCCACUGACAAAGAGCUGCCCAGCAUCUUCCACCCAGCGGGGAGGGGCAGCACUGGCUCCCGGCCCCUGUCCGGCCUUUGCCGAAUGCCCAUGGCCCACGGGAUGCUGGAGCACACCGGCCUGCCGGCGCCUGCAGCCGUCUUCUGGCCCUACCUACCGGGGGCGUGUAGGCGCCCUCCCGCCUAUGACAGCCUGAGGUCCAAGGCCUGUGUCACCGCCAGCAUCACAACGCACUCCACAGUGAAGACCCAGCAAGUGCAGGAGCGCCCAUCCUCCUCCAUCUCCAUCUGCUGCUCUAAGUCGCUGGUCAGCGCUGAGUCCCGACCGGCAGCAGGCUCCGGGGGUGAGGCAGCUGGAGGACCCAGCAGGGGCUGGCAGCGCAGGUUGUCUGGCGGAAAGAAGGUCAAGGAACCAGAAGGUGGCUCUCGAAGUCGGAGUGGAGCUGAAGAAUCCCUGGCCAAGGAAGAGAAGCCCUCGGCCGUCCCGGUGAAAUCUCAGGGACCAGAGGACUCAGCCAUCAGAGCUCCCUCAAGACCAGGAGUACACCAACCCUGCCCACUGGUGUGCCAGUGGAGUGCAGACUCCGCUCUCAACCAGCGACUUGGCCGCUCUGCUUCCACGUCAGGAGUGCAACACUCUCUGGCUCAACUCCAGCGACAGUGCAGCCAGCUGCGGGAAAGCCCUACCCAGAGUUUCCAGCAGCCCCAGGGGCCAAGGGAGAAAGAUGGGAAGCUUCUCGAGGUUAUUGAGCGGAAGCGCUGCCUCUGCAAGGAGAUCAAAGCCCGUCGGGGUCCUGACCGGAGCCUCUGUAAGCAGGACAGUAUGCCUAUCCUUCCCAGCUGGAAGAAGGGCACAGAUACACGGAAAACCGGGACACCACCCUGUCAACGGCAGCACACCGUCCUCUGGGAUACAGCCAUCUGAUGUUGCCCAGUUCCCCAAGUCACCAGGAGAACACGAGAGGCCAUGGUUUCCCCGGGCAACCCGCAGCAUUUGAACUCCACGGGCCUGGAGUUACAUCAAAUUCACCCAGGCAGACACUGCACCCCAGCCCCCAAAGCUCACUUCCCCCCCCCCCAAACCCUUCACCGUCCUUCAUCCUCCAUGCAACAAGGAUCAGAUGAAGUGGGGGGGAGGUGUUUGUGUGUGGGGGAGGGAGGGGUGUGGUGGGUGUGCAAGAGUGCGAGACAUGGAACAAAGCCUAUGGCAUUCCAGAUCAAGGUCGUGAACCCUGCAUCACAUGAUGCGGAGUGAUCCAAUCAUCAAUGGAGAACAAUAAGUUGCCUUAGAAGCAAGAGUUCAUGGAGGAGAAGGUUUAGGAGGUAUUUAUUGACAUUAAUGCAUUGCUUCUCUCUUGAGACAGAGCGUGCCAAACCUGGGGUGUUUUGAAGAGUGUCCUGGGUUAGGUUGCCUCUGUCAUUCCAUCAAACCCCAACACACAGCUGACAGAACCCCCAACCCCGUCCAAUCCACAAAAUCCAAGGGAAACAAACAUUUCAGUUUCAGUCCAGCUCACUGUCUGGAUAACUUGUGCCAACCAAGCUGAAAUCCUACAAUGUACUCAGGUGCCAACUGUUUUUUCAUUGUGCCAAGUCCUUUGCCCACUGAGGGAGGCUGAACUGAGGAAAGACCAGUAUACAUGGGGCUUCGACUUCCGAGAGCAUAGGAGGAAGGCCGUCCAAAACCAGGCUCAGCAGGCUGGAUAUAGUGAGGAUGUUUCUGCUGCUCAAGGGGGGUCUGGAACAGGACCUAACAAUAAAGGGUAGCACUGAGGGGAAGGAGAAAUAGUUUCACUCAGGGUGGGGAAAUCUCACCUCCAGUUCCCUGAGUAAGUUCCAUUGAGAUUUUGUUCAACUACCCAUCAGAGUACAGAGAGGAGAUGAGGAUCAUGCAGGGAGAAGGUGAGCUGAGAUCUUGAUGGGGCAGAUACAGAUGCUUUUAGUUAGAGAAGGGCAAGUCAUCAAACCGAAGACAGGUAGAAUGAUGAGGGCCAGGACGGAGCAGAGGGAUUUGCGGUCACAUUGAGAUCAAGCAUGAUCCUCAACAAAUUCUAUACACACACUGAAGAUCCUUGACCUAAUACCUGAGCCACCACCCUGGGGUGAGGUGCAGGUCAUCAUUCUGAGAGACCAGCUGACCCAGCAUUGACCACACAGGGUGGGGCAGUGUGGAGGGACCUUCACUAUGCAUCCGACCCUGGGAGUGUGUGAUGGGACAGUGUAGAGGGAGCUUCACUCUGUGUCUGACCCUGGGAGUGGGUGAUGGGACAGUGUAGAGAGAGUUUCACUCUGUGUCUGACUGCACCCCCAGCACCUGCCCCACGCUAUCGUGCUCUUCACCGUCCCAGGACAGAAAGAAUUAGUAACUUUGUGGCCUGAAUCAGCCCUCCCAUCACAAUGUGCCUCAGUGACGAGCAGGGUUGCUCACUGCCACAGGUAGACGUUGACAUUCACAAUCGCACACAUGUAUAUGCACAUGUGCGUGUACACACACCCUAACUAGUUCAUAAACACACUUGCAGGCAGCUCAGAGCACAGUCAUAUUCCAGCAUACCACUGGACAGGCGCCACGGUGGGGCAAAGCUAUUACGACUCACGGCAUUGGAGUUAGGAGUUAACUUCUGGUGUCCUCUGGAAGAAGUCUGUACAACCUCACGUUGGAAUGAUUGGGUUUUCUCUGGGUGCUCUGAUUUCCUCCCACCAUCCAAAGACCUACUGGGCAGGUUAUUAGGUCAUUGUAAAUUGUCCCGUGAUUAGGUUAGGGUUAAAUUGAGGGACUGCGGGGUGGCAUGGCUCGAAGGACAGAAGAGCCUAUGCCGUGCUGUAUGUCUAAAAUAAAAAUAAGAUGUAUACACAUGCACAAAUAUUUGCAAACACUCAUGCUCAUUGUCACAGGUUUACACACAUGCUCUCUAACACACGCACUCACAGACACACCAAGUGCUCACACAUGUGCCCACUCACAGACACAAACACACGUUUCAUGCAGUCACAUGUUUGCAAAUGUGCUCACACCUACACGCUCAGUUCAUACCCCACGUCACACCUACAGAUACAGAGCCCAGGAAUUUCUAUUAGCUGAGUGUGCUGUGUUCCUGAGGUGCCCCCAGUGCAUCACCCAUUUCAGGACUAAGUGCUCUUGCACUCUGUGCCAUAUUCAACAACAGUGUCUGCCCUGUGCUGACCAACUUGGGCACCUCCUCCCCCAAUUCCUCGCUUGUCAGGUCCUCUUUUCACCUUCCAUCCCAGAAACAACGCACGCUGCACUGAACUAGUGAUUACUUCUUACACACAGGACCCCAAAUCUUGUAAUCCAGAGUAAGAAUUGGACCUGGCACUUUACAAGAUGACAUUCCCCCAAACGGGGAGUUAGUCAGAGUGGGGGCUAAGGGAAAAGGUACCUAACCACACCUUGCCUUGGAAAGGGCCCACUUGCCACCACAACUUCACAUAUGAGUGUCUAUCAGCUAUUCAGCCAGGGAGGUGGGAAGUAGAAUGGGCUGUGACCCUCCCCACAAGAAGGUGGCCAGGAUUUUCUUUCCUCCUGAUCACCUCAUGUUCUAGAGCCACCUUUCUCUAAUGAACCCCCUGACAGGAUACCUUUGGCCCUAUACAACUCCAUACCCUCUCUGGGUCUCCCGGGCAAGCCCGUGGGUGGGAAUUGAGCUCAAACUUUCAGCUUCAUCAUUGUUCUUGUUCAAAAUUGGAAGGGAGGUUUGCAGGAGAGAUCAAACUUGAGGUCCAGGGAGGCUGGUAGGCCAAGUCAGAGGGGCAAGAAGGGGAUAGACCAAUGAGAUCGAAGACCAAGUGCUCUCUGCUCUGUGGGCACCAGGCAGCCCACUACCAUGCCCACAUCAACCAAAGAUACUCAGUCUUUAAUAUGUAAACCUGUACAUAUAAAAAAAUGUAUUUACUUCUGAAUACUUUGUGAGACCAGGGGUCUCUCUCAUCCAAGGCAACGGAACCUCUGUCUUGCCCAUUAGGAGCUUCCAGGUCAGAGGCAGAGUUUCCCUCCCUCGUCUCGGUAGUCUAGAACCAACACACAUGGCCUCAGGAGUUGCCACGGGCUCCUACCCUCAAUCAGUGCAAGUCUUGUUCCUGUCUACUCUUGUCUCCACCUCAGGCUAUUGUCUCUGUGCAGGCACCCAGUUCCCAUCCUCGGUAGGUCUUCGAAAGGCUGGGGAGAGGGGAGGUGUCAGAGGAGAGAGAAGGCCAAUCAAAAGAAACCAGAACCCCAUGUGCCAAAUUUUUGACAACUUCCGGAGCCGGGAGACUCAUCGGAUAUCAGCAUUUGAAGGCCUCAAAUCGAUCGGGACCAUGGCCUUCAUCUCCAGCAACAUCCUGGACACCGUGCCAGACAUGUUACUCCCCCAACCCCACAGCAACCAAUCGAUUUGUUUGCACUGUUUCUCAGAGAUAAACUUGAGUUGGCCAACAGGUUUGGCCCAAUCGGUACGCAACCCUUUUUAAAAUUAGCUUAAUCAGAAUAGUUUAAAAGAGGAAAGUUCCACCAUGCUAUAUCUAGUAGUAUUCUAAGAAGCAUCUUAUGUAGCUGACAAUAAUGAGAUGAUUUAUUGAGUACCGUUUUAAUGAUUGUGGUUUCAAUAAGGAAAAUUGUAUGUGGCUAACAUGUACAGUUAUCCAAUUAUUUAUUUUUAAUUUAUCUCUCAUAAAAUGAAGCAAGGUCCAGGAUUUUUCAUUGUAAUUAAGUGGAUCUGUUCUGUUUUCCCAUUUCUGAAGCUGAGAUUUCUGUGACACACGUGUAGAGUGUAUCUCGGUAGCCUGGUUUGACUAGGCUGUGUGGUCUUGCUUAUGUCAACCAGGUGGGGCAAGUGAGGAGGAAUUGUGUUUCCUAAUUAUUCAAACUUCAAAGAUAAAAUUCAGGACAUCCCCCAGUCAGACCACAAGUCCAGGAAGUCUCAUCUCUGCUGUGACAGGUUUCAAGCAUUGUCAUGGGAAAUGUGAGUGGAGGAAUUCGCAAAUCAACCAAUUCCAACUGAACCCACACUCCCACCACUUGUCUGCAAAUGAACAAUGUACAUCUUACAGACCAUUGUAAAUAAAAACAUAAUGUUGAAAACAAAAAAGCCAUCUAAUAAAUCAGAUGGAGACUUUCUCUCUUCAAUUAUG